AUUCUCGAUCAGUAGAUGAUGGAACUGUUAUUAGUAAUGACUUGUGAAUCUUAGUGGGGCGCAGUUGUUAAAAAAAAGAAUUUUCUGAAAUUUUUUUUAAAUUUAAAAAAGGGUGUAACAAUGCGUAAAUUAAAAGACAUGCUUAACAAUUGGAAAUGGUGGUUUGUUGUAAUUUAUCUCGUGAUAGGAAUAGUUAAUUGUAGUGGUGAAAAUUAUACGGAAUCCAGCAGGAAACUAUCACGAAGGAAACGCUAUUUAAUGUUCCCCGAAGGAAGUUCCCUUCAAGUUAUCUACGAUCAAACAAUUCCCGUAGUUGCUCUACCAUUGGUCUUUACCGUGGGUGUAACAGUGGCCAUAGCGUAUGAACUACCCUCGAAGCCUCUUAGUGAAUUAGCGGAGGAUUUUCGCAAGAAAUUCGAUGUUCUCAAGAAUAAUAAUUCAAAAGCAGACAAUAUAAAUCACAUAACGUACGUUUCGAAGGAUAAAAUUUGGAAGGAUCGCUACAGUGGAAUAAAUAGGCAUGAUUUGUAUUACCAAAAAGAUCAGAAUAUUGCCUCAAAUAUUCAAUAUCAAGUGAAGAGGAAGAAUGAUCCACCACAUGUUUAUUAUGAGAACAAUAAACCCAAUCCAUGGAUUGAGAAUGAAAAACUCAAAUACUAUUUUGGCAAUAAAUAUCAAAGUUUCGGUAAUGAAGAUAAGAAGUUUAAUUAUAUAAAAAUGCUGGCCAACCGGUAUACAACUCCGGUUCCUCAGCGUCCGGCACAGAGAAAGGAUUCUUCAAAUAGGAGUUUCAACCGAAAGGUGCCACACCGGAAGCACAUAAUACAGCCGGUAUUUGGUAAACGAAGUAUCGAUGACGUAGAUGAGGAUGAGGAAGAGCUGCAUAAAAUUUAUCAUAUAUCCACAAGGCAACGUCUCUAUAACAAUAUCGAGAGAUACCUUGAUGACAAAGGAAUAUCGGGCAAGGAGUGCAUACUGAAGUCACUGUGCGAGACAAGGAAUAAUAAGGAUUUACCAAAUACUUUUAUGGGUGCCAUUUUGAAGAGCAUUUUCCGAUUACCCCAUUUAAAUAUUGCCGGUGAGCAUGAAGUAAAAGACUACAUGGAAGCACAUCACAGCGUGGAUGACUGCAUACAAACGUAUUCCAUUUGCAAAAGUAAUUUCUGGACAUCAGAAUUUGUCAAAUAAAUUAAACUUUUCAUGCUGGGGCUCUGUGUAGGUCAUGUGUAUUUAUUUUAUUUACAACACACUCCAUUUAAAUUGAAAAUUUGAUUAUUUAUUCAUAUUCUUACAUAGGCUUAUUUGCUCAAAUAAUUAUUAUACAUAUUUAUGCCAGAAAGCGGUAAAGAACAACAUUUUUAGGUUUUUUAAAUCAUUUCUUACUUUCACAUCAUCCAGAACGUUCUCAGAAAUAAAAAUAUUUUUUAAGAACAA